AUGGCCCUGCCUCGCAGCUUGUUUGAUUUUGUGAGAGACAGCUACGAAAGGCUGGCACAAUCGCUGGAAAGCCUUCAAAGCUACUUUCAGAGUCACGUGGAUGAGGUGCUCCAGGCGAAUGAGAUAUUGGAGACGAUCGCCAACAUGGUCAACGAGCACCCUCCCGCAGUCUAUUGGGAAGAAGUACAACAUGGCUUGAUCGGGGUCGCAGAAACGACCAACGAGCUGAACGAGGUCAAGUAUGCGCCCGCUCACCUUCUGAGCUUGAGCGAGGACAUCGCAAGCCUGCGAGAGGAAAUGAGGAGCCACGCCAAGCGCCACGCUGACACCAUCGACGCCCUUAAAAAGGAUAAUAAGAGCCAAGCUGCCACCAUCAAAGCCCAAGCUGCCACCAUCGAAGCCUUGAAGAAGGACAAUGAGAGCCACGCUGCCGCCAUUAAGAACUUGGAAAUCCUUGUGAGCAUCCCGCUUCAGAAGCGGCAAAUCGUUUCGAAAGCGGCAACGCUUGUCCGCGCGACUCUACUCCAUCAUGUGAGCUGGUCAGCCAGUGAAGAUGUUAGCCGCCUGCAAGACCUUGGUGAAUACAUGCGCUGGGCUGUCCCCUUCAUCAUUCGCGAUGGCGGAUUUUACGGUCAAGUCCCAAAAGCAGGCGCUCCUCCUUCUCGUACCACCGAGAUCCACGAGGUUGUCAAGGAGCUCCCGCAAAGCGCCCAGAUCAACAUUGCAGAGAAGUAUCUCGCGUUUGUGAAGCUUUUGCAGGAACAGACGUCAAAAACACCAGGUGACUUCUUCAGCGCCAUGGACGCCCUGCGCCUGGCUGGCAAUUGA